CCGUCAGUCUUUCUCUGAUCGCCCCGAUGAUUUAAUUUAAGCUAAAAGUUAACGCACUGUUUGUACUGAAAUUCCCACGCGAAGUGAAUUUUCUUGGAUAAUUCUAAUGCAGUUGAAAGUUACACAAAUUAGUGCUAAUUACAAAUAUAUAGAAAAUAGAAAAAUUAUAAACGAGUUUGCAGUCAACAUAACAUAACGCCAAUAACGAGUUAACGAAAAAAAAUUAAUAAUUGUAAAAAAAAUAUAUAUACUAAUAAACCAAUACGAAGCAAUAAUCAUAAAUAUAUAAAGGAGGAAAUAACGGCAGUGACCAAUAAAUAGAGACGUACGAAAUUUUAAGGUUAAAAAAAUAUUAAAAUUUAUCACGAAAUCCACUCAAAUGCCAAAUAAUUAUAAAUCUGCGCAUAUAUGUGCAUAUACCGCCGACCCACAAGUAACAAAACUUUUUCAUACAUACGUAUGUAUGUACAUACAAACACACAGCUAUAUUUAUUAGAUGAAAAGUGCGAAAUUCGUUACCAAUUGUUAUUAGCGCAAGAAAAAAAAAUACAAAAGCAAAAAAAGUUGAAAAGUAAAGACAAAAUAAGAAAUUUUAGCAGCCAAACAAAUCUACUAAACGGAUAAUCGACACAGAACUCACAACCCCACAAACAACGAACGGAAGAUCCGUAGAGUAUUCGAAAACGAUCUGGUGGGCCACAGAUAAAAAACAAAAACAACGACUAACGAAGCAUUCAAAUAAAACGGUGCAGCGCAGGAAGAAGGCGGCACUACAACUACUACUAGCAAUAGAUAGAAUAGAUACAAACGACGAACGCGCACUCUACAUAUGUACAUACAUACAUAUUUAUACAACUAUAUGCAUAUGUAUGUGUAAGAUCGAGAAUCGAGAACUGCGAACGGAACGAGUCAAAAAUCUAUUUUUAUUUUUUCGUAAUACCCGAAGUUGGGCGCACAAAAAUUUCUAAACACCACGUUAAUUAAAUGCGAAAACAAAUUGAGUGCAGAAAUAAAAUAAAUCGAAUCGAAAAAGCGUGCUUGAAAGUAUUUAAAUUUUAAGAAAAAUUUAUUUAAAAACAAACUGCAAAGUUUUUAAAUAUAUACAUAUAAACGACGUAUGUCUCUUCAUUAGCAACAGCCUACUAAACUUAAAACAGCAUUCAGACACAGAAAAAAUAAAAAUAAAGAUACGUAAUACCGCACAGCUCUCAGGCGUGUGGUCCCUUUAUACCAAUUAAUAAUAAUUCAAAACAGCUAAAAUAUAAAGUUUAAAAAUACACUUUCAGAACUAUUGAGUUAGAAACCGAUUAUUCGUAUUUCUUCCGGUGCGAUUACGAUCAAAACGAACGAAACUAAAACGAUCUGCGAAUUAUUAAUCCAGUAAUAAAAAGCAGCAAAAAUUCUGAACAUAUACGCCAACGAUCGACAAAAUCGGAGUAAGGAAGAAUUUGAUAAGACAGUCAAUUUAAAAUAAAAACGACAGAGGGAGAAUUCUUCAUAUACUUGCGCCGCAUAAAGCUAUUAAGCAUUCAGCAAUAUACUAUGUAUAUAACAGCAUAAAUAUAUUCAAAUUGUAUUUAGAUUUGUAAUGCAAAUUACUUUGUGAUAUUUAAAAACAAACAAAAAACACUCAUUUUAAUUGAACUGAAGCUUCAACAUUAAAAAGUUAUAUUUUGAAAAUUGAAAGUUGAAACAACAAAAAACCAAAGAUUUUUAUAAUUUCACAAAAAAGUGUUGUAAGUUGUAAACAAUUAGCAAACUAUUAGACACGUGAUCAAAGUUGUCAGUUACAAAUAAAACAUUGAAAUGGCUGAACAUGUGGAACAAUCGCAACAAGCGGCACAUCAACUCAACAAUCAACAAAAUGACGCGCGUAAAUUACGCAAAUCACCGGAAUUUCAACCGAUGCCCAAUCUCACACCUGGCGCCAUACUCAGAGAACGCAGUUUUGUGCGCACCUCUAAUCAACAGAAUAUCAACAAAAGGCGCAGUCUCGCUUUCAAUGUACAAACGGGUGCAAAUCAACACGGGCAAAUGCGUGGAAAACCUGCUAUAGACAUCUAUAGACCACCGAAUGUUCGCAAUGAUGGCGCCUCUUCAGCGGCAGCCUUAAACAGGUUAAACAUUAAUGCACAGGAGUUCCAAAUGGGUAGUACGAAUGCCACGCGCACCACACCUCCACGUGGAGAUGCAAAUAGGGCUGGAGAUAGUCGUUCAUCGGCGGUCAUUUAUCCAACGACAACUUCGCCUCAAGGUUUAGUACCACCAUCGAAAUCAUCGGUGGCACUGCAUCAACAAAUGCAAUAUGUGGCAGCCACAAAUGCGAUGGCCAAUCGUCGACAGGCGGGUCUCUCUCUAGGCAGUAUGCCGAUGACAACCAAUCCAAUCGGCAACAAAAUGCAUCAUGUCGGCGCACAUCGACCCAUUUUGGUUACACAUUCACAUCCGUUGGCCGUUAAUCGGUUUUCGGGUGGUGUGUCACAACAAAUUCCACUAAUUAACUCGCCAUCCAGUGGCAAUAUAUUACACCAAACAGCGAAUACGAAUCGUGUGAAAUUCGCCAAUGAACCGCACAAGCAUCACAGCCACAAGAAUGGACAAAAUCAUCUUAGUCACGACUAUCAACAGCAGCAACAACAAUUGAAUGCCAUGUCACAAUAUGCCGUCGCCAAUGGCAUAAGCACCGAUUCAUAUAUAAAUGUUAGUCCGCUACAGCGUUCGAAAUCUUUGUCUUCCGCGGACGCAUUGACACGUGGGAUUGCUGGCCUUGGUUUGGCUUUGGGCAACGAGGUCACCGACAUCGGUCAAUUCAGCCCUGACAUACAGGCAUUGAUCGACACAGCUUUGAACGACCCGAAUAAAUUGAACUCGCGCGCACUUAUGGAACUGACGUCACACUUUAUUAAACGUGCAGUUGAGGGUCGCCGCUAUGCUUUGCCCAUCUCACGUCUCUGCCUAAAUAUUAUAGCUAAGGAACAGAAGGAGACUUUCUUGGAAGCCCUAUUGAACACAUGCCGACAGUGGUAUCAGGAACGUGAAAAGUUACUAUACUCCAUACAAGGCAUGAAAUCACCUUCCCGUCUACGCUUUACUGCUUUCAUGGCUUUUCUUACCGAAAUGUUCUGUCAACUUAAGCGUCGCCAAUUACAACUUCGUACUCAACGUGAAGGUGCACCGCCGCCACUGGUCCUACUGACGUUACUCUCCAAAUGCUGCGAAGACUGUGUCAAGCCACCUGUGCGUUCGCUGUCCGAGAUCGAAUGCCUUUUCUAUGUUCUAACCUGUAUCGGGCAAGAUAUGGAAUUACAGCUGCCACAACAGUUGGAAUUGCUAUUGUCGCUGGUGCGUGAUGCUUUCUUGAAUGCAAGUGACGCGGCACCGGCCAUUCGUCGCACCUUAUUGCAAUUAAUUGAACUACAAGCGUCACACUGGCAAUUGCCCGGAAACACUGUCUUAUACUACUAUCCAUCGGCAAAGUAGUGAAAAGGCCAACACCACUCACAACACAAAUCAACUCAACUACCACUUGAACCAGACUCAACUUUUGUUCGCACUCUUCUUGAAACUGAAAGUCCUCAGUGCGCCGGACCUGCGCAGCGGCUUCGUGUUCAUGCAAUCAUUUCAAUUUUUAUUAUGUACUCGUACACUGUAUGUGGCACUUAACUGUUAGAUUAAUAUUUAUACAUACAUGCAUACAUAUAUAAGUAUAUGUAACUGCAGUUGUGCCUUUUAUUAUAUUUAUUUUAUGAUGAAAUAAGAUAGGAAAGUAUAUUUUUUUGUGAAAGCAUUUACUGAAAAUGAUGCAAAUUGUAUUAAAACAAGCUAAGCGCUUGCGCUGACUUGCUGAAAGCUUCUAGAAAAGCCAACAUUAGUAGUAAAUAUAGGCUGAAACUAUGCACAUACAUACAUACAUACAUAUUAAACGUAAUUUGGCAAACGUACUAACCCUAAAGAUAGUCAUAACACAGCCAUUAAAACAUGACAGCAAUAAAAUUUCAUUGGAAAACAAUUUAUACAUUUUUAUUGUUUAGGAAAAAACGCAAUAUUUUUUAAAUUUGUGUCAAUAAGUCACACAAACAUUAUACAGCGGACCUAUGGUAUACAUUAUAAUUUCUUAAGUGUUUUUCGUCUGUGCAAUUUUAUACAUUUAACAAAAAUCAAUGGAAUUUAUUUAUUUUGCAUACUCGUAUUCCUAUAAUUUAAUGUAAAAGAAGCUCAAAUUAUUUAUAAAUAAAACAUAAUUGCACUGCACACUCGUAUACAAACCUUACAAAUAUAUUAGAAAAAAAUGUCACUAAGGAAAUAAGAAUUAAUGCACAUGAAAAAUGUUUAACAAAUAAAAAUUAA